UAAAUUGGAUUGAAAAUUGAAAUUGAAGUGUGUAACGCAGAACGUCCACAGCACAACAAUGCUAAACAACCCACGAAAGCACAUUUUGAAACGUUUCCUCCAGAGGUUUCCUCCGAAAGCAGUCACGUGUCUUUGGUCACAUGCAUAAGCACAGCCUAUCGAAUGAAGCCAAAAAUAACCAGGCUCAUUUUUUGAUUAACUUCUUGGAGCGUUAGUAUCCUCCUAGGUAACGUUAAAACAUCACAAGGCUACUUGCUGACUGCCGAGACAAGAAUACAUUUUCCUUCCCACUACUACUACCACUAGGCGAAUAAGGCCAAGAGGGAGGCACACCACCCUAGGACAGGGGCCUACAACAGCUGAGCCUGAGAAUUUCAAGAUGCAGGAUAAAGUCAGCAGGUUGCUGGAUGUGAACACACAUUCCCUCAGUAAUGAUUCACCCCUGGUCAGCCCUGAGGGACUGGGCUGCUCUGACGACUUGUCUUUGGAGAACAUGGGUAAACCACUGGAGAACAGCUUACACCGCUCAGACCAUGCCAUAAACUCAAACUUCUCCAAAUACCUCACACCCACUCAAACGUUAGCAGUGGGCUAUUUGGCUUCGGGUAUGAAGCCAGAGGAUGAUAUCCUGUACCAGUGGCGUCUCAGAAGGAAGAUGGAGCAGUGUGGCCGUCAGCCUCAGUCUGAUCUCCAGCUGCCAGUCCCUUACGGCUCGCUCUGCAGCCUGUUACAGCAGACUCAAAAUAACUUGCUUACAAGAGACCAUUCAAGUACGGUCAUUGGCACUAUGGCACAAGCUUCAUCUGACAUAUGUACUCAGGAACCCCCUCCUCCUUUUACUUUUCCACACCCCAGUCUGUCUCAGUUCCAGCCUAAGCACCACAUCUCUCCACGUACAUCCCACAUCGACAUCCUGCCAUGUCCUCUCCAGAGCUCUCCCAUGUUACUACCCAAGGAGAGUAAGCAGCAUCUGAGGAAGAGUUCCACUGAUACUGCCACUGCCACAUGCACACCAUUGUCAACAGAUCAGCUUAACUUCAAAAAUACACCUGACUACCAGCGCAACAAAUCGCAUUCAUCUCUUCAUCGGUACCUCCCUGAAAACAAAGAGGGACACUGUCUUAUUUCUAAGAAGAGUGGGAAAGGAGGAAAAGGUGUCAUGUCACAGCGGGUAGGAACAGAGGCUGAGACAAGAAAGAAAAUAACUUCCUCCAGUAGAGAAAAAUGUUGUAGAUUUGGCAGACAUAUGGACCAGUCUGACCCUGCACUCGGUAGACAUAUGGACCAGUCUGACCCUGCACUCAGAGGAGACCAAGAUGGCAAGAGGCUCAAGCGGAAGGACUCCCACAAGGCAAGAAGACGAGAAGCUUCGGCUUUAUCCCCAUGUCCUCUACAAAGCACUCUUGGAAUGGUGGUGUCUGAAGUUCUUUUUCCCGAUUUUGGAUCAGCAGACACUACUAGAAUGUCAAGCACUGACUCUUUUGAAGACACUCAAUCAUUUCCACCACAACCCUUAACCACUCCUCAUAGACUUCAGAGACCUUCAGAGAUCAUUAAUAAGCUUCUUAUAGAAUCAGAAGAUUCAGAUGAGCUGGAGUUUGAGGAUGAUCCCUUGCUGCUGGUGCUGCGAGAACAGAGAGGCUGGGUGAAGCAGCGCAUAUGCAGGAAGACAAAAGGAGGUAUGAACUUACCUCUUCAUCAGACAUGCUUUGAGGGGGACUGAGGGAAGAAGACUGAUCGCGUACUGUAGGAUUAUUCCGCAUCCAGGCCCGGCAGAUGGGG